CAUGUAACGUAAACGCGCGGGAGCCAGUGAUGCUGCCAGACGAGGAGAAAGUUACUUUGUACUUCCGCUUUGAAGAUCGGCUCGAGACAUUUUUGUCUGCGUAUUUAAUCCGUUACAUGUGAUAUAAAGGAAUUGGUAUCAUCAGGGGAGAAGACAUAAAUGAUCCAUCCAGGACCCUGGCCAAGCAGCCCGUAUCACAGAACUGGCCCUACCAAUAGAAAGGAAGUCAGGCCUUGUUCAAAGGAUUCUCGACACUGAAGAAACCAGCAUAGACACACCGAAGAGAGCAAUUAUCUCAACAGCCGGGGAGGAGAGCAUAACUGCCGAGUUUUCUCGCAUCAGUUGGCCGAGGAACAACAACUACAAGCUGGUAUAUUUGCCAGUCAACCCCUACCAUCCCCGUGCGUUGGACGUGAACUCUUGACAGUGGAUGCCUCUUAUUAGCAGCGACGGAACCGCCGUUUGUCCGGUGCGCAGUAGGAUGGAAGUAGAAGUCUUGCUUUGAGAGGCAACUCCGGACCGCCCCAUGAUUGGAUGGUUUAAGUCCACGUCCUACUCGGUUGGGAAGCAGGUCACCAUUUUGAGAAGUCCUUCUUCUGGUACCUCCCGACAAUUUCAAUUAAUUCUCAUUAUCAACUGGGUCAGGGACUCCCGUAAACAGGAUUCGGAAAGAAGGGCUUAAAAAAGAGAAGUCCUGCUGGAGAAAAAAAAACUGUCAGCGGAGAGACGCGCUAGGUUAACUGAAGGGAUGCAGUUUCAUACUGAUAUGGAUGCUGAGAGUUUCUGAUGAUAAAAAAAACCAUGGCACCGUAGUUGAAAGUACUGGAAUAUAAGUGAAGAGUAAGUUUGGAAAAACAAUUGUGAUUUUGAUGUAUGUGGAUUGAGAACGCUUGCUGGUACUUAAAGACCUCUACAUGUCGGGGUAUUUUUUGUGAGUUUUUAAGUUCAGGACUGUGAGUUAAAGAGAAACAUUUUUGACCAUGAUGAACGGAGCUCAUGGAGCCUCCAAGAGGUUCGGGGAGAGCAACCCCCAGGACCCCAUCACGGUGCGCUACUACCACGGCCGGAUUACCAGAGAAGAGGCGGAGACCAGGCUGCGCAAUAGCGGCUGCAUGCAGGGCGACUACCUCCUGCGGGACAGUCUAGGCAAGGAGGGCCACUACGCCAUCUCGCUCUGCUUCGACGGGAACAUCUACCACUACGCCAUCGAGCGGCAGCACGACGGCGGCGUGGCCAUCAAAGACGGCAACAAGUUUGCCGGACCCGUGGAGCUGGUCCAGCAUCAUGAGAAGAAACUGGACGGCCUGCUGUGCCUGCUGGAGCGGCCCUGCUGCCUGACCGAUGGACAGAAGCCUAGAGCGUACGGGGACCUCUCUCAUGAAGAGAUGGAAGAUGAGAUUGCACUUGUGGCACAGAACCAAGGACUCUCGAGAGACACUAUUCAGAAAGCCAUAGCUUCUAAUCGCUCCCAGUUUGACAGACUGGUCAAGAGCAUACUCCACCAGGAGAGGCCGUGGUUCCAUGGUCAGCUGACCAGGACAGAAGCCGAGCAACGCAUCGUCACGUCAGGACUACAAGAAGGCAAAUUCCUGGCUAGAGAGAGAAGCGAGCCAGGCAGCUUUGCCCUGUCACUGUGCUACAACAGCUCUGUCUACCACUACAAGAUUGACAAGGAUUGCACGGGGAUGCUCUCUAUCAAAGAUGGGCCCAAAUUUGACAGCCUCUUACAGAUGGUCGAUCACUACACACUGAAGAAAGACGGUCUGCUGUGCUGCUUGAUGGUGCCCUGUAUCGACCCACAGAAAAGAAGGCAUUCCGCGGGGCCCGCAGCUACACCAUCGCCAGGGUACAGACGAGCCCAGUCAGCUGAAGAUGAGCCUAUGCCCGUCCGAACCCCACCGGCCCCACCGCAGCCCAGAAGGGUCAACACCCAGUCAGCUGAUGAGGCCACCCUGGGGCCGUUCAUGCCUCCCCCUCACCCUAUGCAUCACCCCGCCCCUUACCAUGUCUCCCACCCGCUCGUACCCCAGCCCCACCCACCACGCCAACGACCCAUGAUUGAACAGAUUGUCAACGGCAAGUGGGAGGAGCCAGAUCACCAUGCAGAUGAGCCAUCUCCUCAGAGAGCAUCCAGCCAAGAGCCGCCCAUCGUGGAUGACAAGACCUACGGCAUCCCUAACGAUAGAGAGAUGAUCUACGGCCGAGUGGCUAAGAUGAGAAACACCAAGAUACUGGAAGUCAAGUAUCUGUACUGCGGAGAACCCAUCGGUAAAGGAAACUUUGGCUCCGUCCUAAAAGGCAGCUACAACAUGCACGGAACGCACAUCCCCGUGGCUAUCAAGACGUUAAAAACAGAAAAUGGAAUCCCCAACUCAAAGCCUGAGAUUGUCAAGGAGGCAGAAAUCAUGGCUGAUCUGGACCACCAGCACAUCGUCAGGAUGAUAGGUAUCUGUGAGGGUUUUGAGAUGAUGUUAGUUCUUGAGCUGGCCGAGCUGGGCCCACUCCACAAGUACCUCAAGAGGCACACCAACAUGAGCAUUCGCAACGUCCUGGAGCUGAUGUUGCAGGUUGCCAAGGGGAUGCAGUACCUAGAGAGCCAGAAGUUUGUCCAUCGGGACCUGGCGGCCAGGAACGUGCUCCUUGUGGACGAGACGUUUGCUAAGAUCAGCGACUUUGGGAUGUCCAAGGCACUGGGCCUCGACAGCCAGUACUACGUGGCGGAGACUGCUGGCAGGUGGCCCCUGAAGUGGUACGCUCCAGAGUGCAUCUACAGGUUUAAAUUCAGCAGUAAGAGUGACGUGUGGAGUUACGGUGUCACGCUGUGGGAGGCGUUAUCGUAUGGCAAGAAACCAUAUGCGAACAUGAAGGGACAAGAGUUGAUGGCGUUCAUUGAGAGUGGAUCCAGGCUAGCCCAGCCUGACAGGUGUCCCCACGAAGCCUACGCUCUGAUGAGGCAAUGCUGGGAGGAUGAGGCGAGGGACAGACCGAGCUUUGACAAUAUUGUGGAGACCAUGACGAGCAUUAUCAGAGGGCUGCGGGCUGGCACGCUGAGAACCCGCUGAUGGGGCUACCACGACUGAAGGACCCGCGAAAAAGGCAUCUGGACUCCAGACAAGCUAAUGCAUCGGAUGACGCGGCUAAUGCAAGGAUAGGGCAUGGCAGCCCACUGUUCUACAGCUGUCAUGUUUAAGUUGUCACUAACUUGGCGAAGAUUGUACAAAAUAUAUGUGUUUUCUUUUGCAGAUGUUUGAAACAAAAAAGGCAGACUGGGCAACUUUUACAUGUACGUGCUUUGCCACAUGUGUGUAUAGCAAAUAAAUUUUUUUAAUGUUGCCCAUUCCUUGGCAUUGCAAUAUGUGACCUGCCAUAGCAUAAUGAGGAAUAACCCCCACCUUUGACUUUUCACAUUAUGUACAUCAUAUUAAAGUGCAAAUCAUUGGCUUUCCAAUGAUAUCAAAUUUAUUUCUGUAGCUCUUAUUCCAAAGAUAUGAUGCAGGAACUUCAACAGUAACCUGCCAAGUUUCGCUACCCUCGUUUCGAAAAAAACGGCUUUGAAAAAAAGGCACGCAUUGCGCUGCCAACGGCAGUGAAAAUCGUUCCUUAGUUUUUCCACUUUUGUGGGUAUUUUUUUCCCAACAAAAAUGCAUAGUAUGAAUGUUGGAUACCUUGGCUACUCAAAAAAAAAAAAUUCAAUGUCGCUUUUUAGUAUAUUCGACCUCAGGCGUCGAUUACUCAAAACAAGGUUUUGGGAAACAUUCCUCAUUUUGCCUCAGUAGGUCACAUAUAUUUACACUGUUGCUAUAUUUACAGGAGUCGACUGUUGCACAUGCGUAACCUGUCAACGGAAUGGUAUUCGGAUUGUACUUCCCUUAAAAACAAAAAAAUCAUCCAGAGCCAAGAAUCAGAAAAAAGUAAGAGCUGCUUCAAGAAAAAGUUGGAUUUGAUUUCAAGCAAUAAAAGUAAGAAAAUAUAUAUUGUGGGAAACCUAAACAAAAAGUUAUCAUGGAGAUUCAAACCCCGCAUCAUUAUCACUCAAACACUUAUAUUUAUCCUAUUGAGCUACGGAAGCGCUUCACUCACUACAUGAGUUUAAAAACUCAUGGUUUUGCAGUAUUAUGUCAAUUCCAAAGCUACACGUGUACAUAGCCUUUGAAAAAAACUGUGAUACGGCUUCCUUAAAAAUAGCUACUUCAAUGGGGUUCUUUUUGUCGUUGCUGUUCAUGGACACAUGAGGGCGCUAUUGGCUACUCAUGAUUGUGUACAAAAGUCCAUAGUCUGGCCUUCUAAAUUUUUUAAAGGAAUUUUGUCAUAUUUUGUUGCAUUUCAAAUAACCUGGAGAUGUUCAUGUAGAGGUCAAGGAAUCAUUCAGCUAACUAUCGUAUUUUACGUUUACGUCCUACAGUGGAUUAUUUUACAUUUUGUAUCUAGUAAAUACCCUAUUUGCAAUAAGUGUACAAAUUUGAGAACUUUUAAUCCGGUUUUGUAGAAUACUCAAAAGCACACCUUUUAUUUUGUAAUGUUUUAAUUGGGGGUAUUUUGAGGGUUUUAAUCGUAAUGGCUUCCACAGUAUUAACCAAAGACCAUUUUUUGUUCUGACCAACUUCGACACACAUUUGAGACCGUCCCAAGUUAUUUGUUCCAUUUUGAAGAUAGGUGACAUGUCACCACUAAAUAAGCAUAAAGUGGGAGUUUGUAAAAAAAAAAAAAAAAUCCCAAUCAAAUUAUUAAUCAAACCAAAUCAAAAUGUGAAUACAGAGGUUUUUAAACCAUUGGCAUAUAUGAAUUGCAUUGCAUUGCAUUGCAUUUAUUCCCUGGUGACUCCAUAAAACGUUAUAGUGCUUGGAAUUAUAAAUAUUCUUGUGUACAUUGUAAAAAAAAAAAAAAGUUAUUACCAUAUCGAAAAUGAUAUUGAAAGUAAAGAAAUCCAUGUGGCAAAACAGUUGGCAGAAAUUUAAUAUGUUUUUUAACAAAAGCUUCCCGAUCCAAUAACCAAAUCGAAAAUCUUGAUCUUCCAUUAUUUUUUUUUUUUGUAAAUAUGGUUUUUAAAUCUGAAGAAAAAAAAUUGUGGAAUUUUUUUUAACAAAUCGGUGUCAUUUUUAAGAGACAAUAAUCACAUCUUGAAUUUUUAUUGUAAAAUAAGACAGAGAGACGAGGGUGUUAGUGCAAACUAAAAUAAAUUAAUAUAUCUUCCUUGAAAUGUAAAUGAAAGCUAACUUCACAUCAGGCGUGAUGCUUUUCCUAUUUUAAUAGGAUUUCAUAAUUUGUUUUUCUCCUUUUAUUUCCAAUUAUUUCAGCAUUCUGUACUUGUAGACGUUACACUUUUGGGGUCCGCGGGAAACUUUUUUCCCAAUUUUUGUCUAAUGGUCAAAUAUCAUGCCUGUCUAUGCUUGAUUUGUUGAUGAGUAUUUGCGUUGAUGUAUAUGUACGUUCCCAUUAUAAUACAGAAACGUUUUGUAUCAUUGUCAAGAAAGACAUUUUAUGUGGUCACUAUUCAUAUAGCAUUGGAUUUAAUUUUAAGAUCAAAUGUAAAAAAAAAAA